GGUGUCCGCCUGGUUGAGUGAGAAGAGCUGGAAGCUGAGAGUCGCAAGAAGGUGUAUGAUAGGAAGGCGUGAGGGCCGAGGCACCUCCUUGGGGGUGGGGCGUCCUUGUUCCGUGAGUCUGGUGGGCAAGGUGGCUUGGGGGCAGGACUUUGGUCCUGGAUCUUCUGGGCGGAGCGAGCAGCCUGCAGAAUGUUGUGUAUUGCGUUGGAAAAGUAGAUCUCGUUCCCGGUUCUACUGACCUCUCCACCCCGGACUGCACACAGCAAUCAUGGCACAGCAACCGCCCGACGUUGAGGAGGAUGAUUGUCUUUCUGAAUACCACCACCUCUUCUGCCCGGACCUUCUCCAGGAUAAAGUGGCCUUUAUCACAGGUGGUGGUUCUGGGAUUGGCUUCCGGAUCGCCGAGAUUUUCAUGAGGCAUGGCUGCCACACUGUCAUCGUCAGCCGGAGUCUGCCAAGAGUGUCCACGGCCGCUAAGAAGUUGAUUGCUGCCACCGGGAAGCGGUGCCUCCCUUUGUCUAUGGAUGUCCGAGUUCCCCCAGCUGUCAUGGCUGCUGUGGACCAAGCACUGAAAGAAUUUGGCAAAAUCGACAUCCUCAUUAACUGUGCAGCUGGAAACUUCCUGUGCCCUGCCAGUGCUUUGUCUUUCAACGCCUUUAAGACUGUGGUCGACAUUGACACCAUUGGCACCUUCAAUGUGUCUCGUGUGCUUUACGAGAAGUUCUUCCGGGACCAUGGAGGAGUGAUUGUGAACAUCACUGCCACCCUCAGUAUGCGGGGUCAGGUGCUGCAGCUACAUGCGGGCGCUGCCAAGGCAGCUGUGGAUGCUAUGACACGACACUUGGCUGUGGAAUGGGGUCAUCAGAAUAUCCGUGUCAACAGCCUAGCUCCUGGUGCCAUCAGUGGCACUGAGGGGAUGCGGCGAUUAGGAGGCCCUAACGCCAGUUCGAAAUUAAAUUCAAGUCCUAUUCCAAGACUCGGAACCAAGACAGAGAUCGCCCACGGAGUGCUGUACCUAGCUAGCCCUCUGGCUUCCUAUAUCUCAGGGAUUGUGCUGGUGGUUGAUGGUGGCGGCUGGAUGACAUUCCCAAAUGACAUCAAGCGACUGCUAGAGUUUGAGUCCUCCUCUGCUAAGCUGUAGUCCCUCCCUCUCCUCAGCCCUCUCCCCUCCCCUUUCUUCUCAGAGAAGGGGAGCUCUCCCAUGGAUAUCCACCGUCUUCUUUUUAAAGAUAGGAUGUCAUGUACAUUAUGUAGCUGAAGAUGAUUUUACAGAAGAGCCAUCCUGCCAAUUUUUGCAAUCUUUGAAGAUCACACCCAAGGCUUCGAGCGUGUUAAACCAGCAGAGUCAGCUGAACUACAUCCUCCAUGCCAAGAUACAUCUUUGGACACGUAAACAUUGUACCUAAGUCAGUUGUUUUGAGGAGGUAGCGUUCUUCAUGGGGAAUACCUUCUGCCUCACACAGGUCUACAGUCACAUGGGAAAUCCGAGCCCACUGGCCCUGCCUCUGGGAUCGAGCUCUUUCCAAGUGUUGGCUCUCUUUACCCACACCCUGAGUAGGAAUAACCAGAUCAUGAGCCUAGCCUGAUACUUGCUUACAGUAUGUGAAGAGUUCCUAUGAUUUUGCCAGAAAAAGAAAAUGCAUUUUCUUGUAAAAAUCAUCUUUUUUACUAUAAAAAUAUCUAUGAGUUGGAAUUUGUAAAAGUCUCUAAAAAGAAAAUUUAAAAGAUUGAUUCUAUCACUGAAA